CGGCGACAUAGAAAGUCAUGGGAAGUCUCCGACAGUGCUUCACGCCUUCUUGCGUAUUUGAGCGUGUACCAUGUGUCCGUACGAAGCAUGGAAUGCUUAGACAAAGCCGAACAAAGUGGCAGCAGAAAGAAGGGGAUCCCUCACGUCUUGUGGGAUCCCUGACCAUUCUGAAAAGUUCGUUAAAUUUAAGUUCGUGCCUUGUUUUCGCCACAACAGCCCCAACAAAGUGGAACUGGAGGCCGCUGUCGCCGGCAGUGGUAGCUGCUUAGGACUUGAUAUCGCGGCAACUGCACCCCCAUUCUUUUGGGGCAAAAAAGGCUUUUUCCCCUAUGUGUAAUUGAGUUUCGAUCAGGAAGGCGCUUAACAAGGUACCCUCACCAUCGUGUUUCACACCGUUGCUCGUGUGCUUGCCAGGCAACGUUUCACACUCGCAUUACGCACCAGCGCGUCUCAAGGAGGUUGCCCAGCUGUCGGUCAGUCUCUCGAAAACGAGAUACGGACCCGCCAUUUACGGACGCACUUUGCGACUCACCUGCCAGAAUUUGCCUUCCUAUUUAUCCCGUGUAGUCAGUUUUUGAUAGAGCGGUCUGUUUUCCUUCGGUGCUGCCAGUUAGAAUGCGUUUUACUGACCUGUGAUCUCGUUCGAGCUAUCCCCUUCCGCUGCAGCUCGUCUAGCCGUCGACCGACAGCCAAUGAGCGUUUUUGGCAGCUUUUUCUCGGUUUGUCUUCUACCGCGUUCACGUUGGUUUUCACUUGCGUGUGACACGCACGCUGCAUCGUGUGUCCUCUGUAGCCAAAAAGAAAUUCACUGCCCACAUGUCGCUGUUUUAGCGGCAAAGAAGUGCAUCUCAUGCUGCAUUCGCUAACAAAGGCGGUUUCGUAAGGAGCAUGUUCCCAAUCUGUGACACUCUGGAGCGCUUCUACGCUUCUCUGCAUGUGUCGAGUUUGUGUUUAGUAAGUCAACGUCUCGGUCCGAUUCGAUAAAUAUUUUGCGUCCUCUGCUGACAGCUUGAGCACCAUUCCACAGUACAGUGUCUGUCAGGUCGUGCAUAUGUGGUCUCGUGUUCCCAGUCCCGAGUUGAUGUGCGCGUCGCCAAUUUCUCAUCCUUUCAGUCGCCCAGGCUGCUGCUUCAGAGAAAACCUGCAUUUCUCUGCCCUCAAAGCCGUACUCUCCUCCCCGCUUCUAUUUACUUUUUUUUCCAGCCGAUCCUGACCAUCAGGCGGCCUUCCACAUUCAGUUGCGCCGUGUCAGCGCUUACCGGUCGUCGUGUGUAUUCCGCCUUUGACCUAACGGAAUGAAGCUAUUGAGUGUAGAAUUCGAGUGAGAUCGAGACGGUUCCAGGCAGCCAUAGGGUUUAAUAGGGAACAACCACUGCAAACAUACUCAGCCCGCCUAGUGCCAUUUCUCAUCCUGACGUCAGAUAUCUGCAAAUAUAACUUUUGUUAGUUGCACGUACUAUAUUGAAUCAAGUUCUAGUCUCAUUCAAAUAUUCCGUGAGAUGUUUCCUGUUUUCUGGCGAACCCGGCGGCUGCCUGCUGCUCCGACGAGGCCUCCGCCAGCGCUUCCAUCUUCAGAGCCUCCUGUUGUGGACCUUCGAGCUUCCUCCGAGGACCCAGCCCCAGAAAAAUCUGUGAACUCUCCGGUUUCUCCAUCCUGCAGAGGAGGCGUGUCUGUGCCGUCAGGCAACCACAGAGGAACCCCGGGUGUGGUGAGAGAGAAUUCGAGAGCUUCGUCUCUAGGCGAGGACGAAGGCGGAGUUGAGGCGAGCGGUGAAGACAACCGGGGCAUGUGCUGGGUGAGCUCGGUGGGCAGUGUUCCCUCUGUCAGCGGCUUGGAUUCAAAUGCCAGUUCACCGCCACUGUCUCAUGGCCACUCGGAGCCAGAUGCAGACAGCAACGAGAGCCCCAGUGACACCGAGGAGCCGGCUGUCGAUCAGCUGCGGUCUGGGUCUCCUGCAAGACAAGGGAAGGCAGAGCAGGCGGGUUAUGUGCGUGCAUUUGGAAGUCCGUUCCCCUCCAGCGCAUCCAAAGGAGACGGAUUCUGCAGUUCACCGCAUCUUCACCCCCAUUCAGAGGGACCGUGCCCGACAGUUGAAUCCCUCGCCGCUUCAUCAGGUUCCUCUGGAAGAAUCCUGCUUCCUUCUUCGCUGCUCCAUCCUGCAAAGCAGGACAUUUCAAAUGUUACGUCCCACUCUGUGGCGAUUUCUUUUCACUCCGAUGCGUGUACGCGAGUGCCCGAGGCAGGCCAGGCCCUUCAGAAGGCUUCUCACGUGACUUUGUCUCCUUCGUUGGGGGCAACUCUAUCGAACUCAGAGGGAGGCGACUUCUGCGUUGUCGAACGCAGUGUCGGAGGAACUGGGAGCGCUGCCUGGGUUGCAAGCGGGGAAGGCGCGCGAGUCUCGCCCAGUGGUUCUUCGAGCCUACGGCCCCGUUCCCACCACCCCGUAACUCCUCAGGGAGAACCUCUUGUUUCAUCUGUUGCUCGAUCCUCUUCCAGAGGGGAGGGGAGCAGGCGACCGUUUCUGUCGACUCCUGAAGACUCCUCCCGGCGGCAGUGUCUGCACAGCGGAAUGGGGGACUCCUGCUACGUAGUCGAGCCCCCGGCGACGCACUCUCAGCUUCGCCCAGAGUCACGAGGUACGAGCGAAAAUGGUUUUCGUUUCUUUCCUCUUCCGAGGCAGUCUGUCUCGGAAGCGUCUGCGUCUUUUUCCGGAGUGGAAGUCGAGAGACCUGAUAGUCAAGGUGACAGGCAUUCGAAUACAGGCAACGAGGGAGCGGGGGCACACGCGUCCUGGGUGCCUCACAGUAGCCCGGAAAAUCGUGGCCUAGUGAGAAGCGGGGUCGAGGAACACGGAGAGGAAACAGUGCAUGGCUCAUGGCAGGCGCUGUCUCCGACCCGAACGGAGGAAGAGGGAUACUCUGAGCCGAGAUUCAGUGAGGAAGAAUUGACUCGGACUCACCCCAGGAGGCGCACUGAAGAAUUAGAUCUGCCAGGCACGGAAGCUGAGCGUGUCUGGACAGCUGGUAACCCCGCACUUUACGGGGAAGCAAUUCCCGACCUGAGUUUUCGGAGCGCAAUCGAGCAGGCUCAAGAUCGCCACGCAAACGAAGAUACAGUACGACAAAAGCGGAAGGAAGCUGGAACGGUUGCUCGCGAGCAGGGGCGUCGAGACACGAGAGCAUUUUCUGGCAGUGGACAUGCGAUUCCCCAAAGGAAUACAGCAGGCCAUGGCCUCACUCAGACGCUGGUUUCACAUUCGGCGCCUCCUUGCUUUCUCUCACCUUCGUCGUCUGCAGAUGGCGGCGAAGACGAAGGAUUGCAGAGACGCGCCUCUCUCAGUUCUGUCCGUGACAAGCACUCGAGCAACCUGGCGGCAGGUUCGCAGGGCCAUGCCAGCGGACUUGUCCAGACCGCUGUCCUUCUUUGGGAAGAGCGACUGCAGCAGCAGGCGGAAAAUUCGCCUCGUCGCGAACCUGGAACUCCCAGAGAUGCUUCUCGGUUUGGCAGUCCUUUCCCUUUGCGUGAGGUGUCUCGACGGGGCAGAAGCAUGAGUUCUGCGGGUUCCCACGCGCCCCGCAAUGUUCGAGAGGUCGCUGUCGGCACCAGCGACGACGCCAACUCAGCGGGCAGUGUCUGUGCAACUCAGACAGACGUACAACCCCUCGACCCCAAAGGCCGCAAUCUUCAUCCUACACCCCGCGCCGUUCCCUCUAGCAUCGCAGCCACCGCCUCAACCUUCCCAUCUUUUUCUCGAUGGGGAGCCCAAGCAGGUGUGUUGGGCCCGCACCCGCUCUUCGUUGGCACCGAAUGCCGACCUACGAGCGUUCUGCAGCUGCUUCUAUCGCGCGAGAUUGGUUCCCUCCCUCAAGUGAACCGGUCAGCUGGGCCACUUGCAGAGGCUGAGGCCGGCGCCAGUGGACGGAGUGCCGGUGGGAGGACUCUGGUAUCUUGCGACAAAAGCGAAGUCUGCCCCGUCCUUCAGCCAGGCCUGAGAGGCGUCGUUCCAGACGGGGUAGGCGGCGACGGGUCUUCCGGACAAAUGACAGAACCCUUUUCCUCGGGAUCUUGUCCCGUCACCGGCCUGGUGGGCCUGACUCGCGGAUUCUACUGUGGAGAACCGGUGGCCCGCAACAUUGCACUCAACGACUUUUCCAGCGUCAGCACCAUUCUGAGCGAAGUUCAGGAAUGCGAGAGCAACCGGGAAGACGGAAACGGUGCAACAAACCGAUCUAUUCGUACUACCCUUCUUCGACAGGUCCAGGUAAAGCUGGAGAAACAGUGCAAGAGACGUUUUCUUGGCAAAACACACCGCUUCAAUAUUCUCCUGACUGGAGAAGGACAAUCAGGAAAGACGACUCUUCUCAACGAGAUGUUUUCCAAUUGGCACCGCGUCUCGUCGCGGUCUGUUUGCUGUGGCGAGGAAGUUGUCUUUCAGCUCGGAGAGUGUCGCCCGUUGUUCGAAGUGGCAGUGACAGAGGCGUCACACGAGCUGUUGGCCAUCCCAUACUGCGAGCUUAAGCUCCUGGACCACCUGGAUAGAAAGAAGCAACUUGGGCAGUGCAUCGAUGACCGGAUUCACGUCGUUUUGUGGCUGUUGAGACCAUGCGAAGGAGCCUUGACGCCGCAAAGACUCCUGAUUCUCCGUCGGUUGAGAAAGCUCUGCUGUGUCUUCCCGAUCCUCGCUAUGAGCGACACCGUUGACGUCUCGCUUCUCGGACGCUACCGAGAGAGGUUCCACGUGGAACUGACGGGUGCAGGCAUCAGUCCCCCACACGAGUGGCUGUUUGGCGAGGGAGCGGCGGCUGCUCCAAGUGCCUCGGUGAAGUUUACUUUUCAAACACCGGUGAACGGAAACUGUCCGUCGCCUGGACACCUUCUCCGUCCUGCUUCCCAAGCGACCCAAGUAAACGUGCAGGUCUGUGGUACCGAACCUGUGAGUUCGACUGCGUACCCGAAUCUUGAAACGCGCGACAUAAAAUCUACAUGCGUAGACCCGAUUCUUCAGCUACCAUGGGUGGGAAUACGCUCUGGAGUGGACGAGAGAACGGUAUCUCCGGGGGCGUCUCUUCCGACGGGUGGAAACCGACAUCUGCAUCAGACAUCUGGUGCCACGGAGCCAAGUGACGCGGGUGCUCGGGAUGAACGCCACAGAGAAGCAUGUGAAGAACAUGAAUGUGUAUGUGAGGCGUCAAUCUGUCAGUUGUCUCACGACAUUCUUCAUGACGAAACACGCAAUGAGGAGCGGAACAGCGGAGAACACAGUCAGACACAGUCCGACAGAAGGCAGCAAAGUAGUGACGGAGGCAGCGGCGGAUCUGACGACUCGCACGAAAAGAAUCCCACUGCUUCUUCAGAGACCGUCGGUGCCCCAGUCCUGCAUGCGCAAAAUAGUCCACUUUCUUUUCCUUUUAGUGCAGUUGCCGCGAACGAGACGCUAGAGCUGGACACCCAAGAAGGAAUGAAAACUCUAGGGGAAACACAGAUAGGUUGCAGUGGAUGCACGCCUGCGGAGCGACAAAACAGACUAUGUCCACGAGGACGGGGAAGUGGUAUGCCUGUGCCAACAGGGAAGGCAUUCUCAAUGAAGGACUCAGAUUCACUUUUCUGUAGAGGAUCCUCAAGAAAUACUCCCGUUGAGAGCCCGUGCUCCCGGCAAGGCACUUUGUCGCAUGUCCACCCGGUGGUGGUCCCAGAGCCAUCCUAUUCUCAACCACUUGUGCAGGCCGGGUCUGCAGUUUCGUCUCUCGAGUCUCUCGGUGCCUCCUCAGGCUGGGUAGCAUCGGUCCAUCGGUCUGCCUUAGCGUUCCCACUCUUGCUGGACUGUGGUUCUAGUUUCGUACAGCAAGACAGCAGAUACGGUUACCCGCGAUUCGAAGGCGUCCCGCCCUCCUCACCUGCCUUCCUCCGUUUGUUACUUGUGGAAGGCAGCGCUUUGUUGCUACUGGAUGUGGCCAAAGAAAAGUGUUUUUCGCCCUUUUAUAAGCUCUUCUGGUCGCGCGAGGAAGCACAGCAGCUCAACAAAAAGAAUGCCUUGGCCGCGUGGCAACAGCAUCAAGCUCCUGCACUUCAUCGACUUGAUCAACUUCGCCUUCUUUUAACGGAGGUGCACCGACGCACGCUACGGCAAGGCGUCGUGACUCAUAUGGUAGGAGGACAGACGGGGUGUAGACGUCUUGAGAGGAGCAGCGAACGGGAGAAAGGUGAUAGGAGUAGAACGGAGAGCGGAGGUACGUCGGAAGUUCCUCGUGGAGCAGGCAGGGAGGGAGACGAAACGAGAGAGAAUGGCGACAGCCUCGAUCCUGAGGGCGGAAGCAGCAACGCGGGAAUCGUAAAAGCCGUGGGAGAGAGAAAACUAUUUCAGCAAGCGAGUGAUUGCUCGGAACAGAAACUGAUGCAGCAAGAGAUUCGGCAAAUAGAGAUGCAGAUCAGACGAAUUCAACAGCAAAUCGAGCUAGUUCAGCGGGAUCAGCGCGAAAAGCAGGCCAAGGUACUUCAACGGCAGUUAGAAAGGCAACAUGGGGACACGGGAUUAACUUGGCCGGACGAGGAAGAAACAACAAGGGCGGGCAAAGAGCGGAACAGGAGGCGCGACGAUGGAGAGCUGGGAGGCGUUGUCCUCCAGGUGACACAAAUGGGCCUCGUCAGCGCCGUCAUGGUUGGUGUAGGAGCUCUAAUUUUCUCUUCGAUAAAGAAGGGAGCGUGAUAUUUUGGGUCAUGUUUUGAACGGGUGAAGACGAGUAUCAAAGUCAGGGUAUUGCGGCCUGGUGGAAGCUACUGAAUGAAAUGCUCCCCCGGGUUUCCUCAUCCACGGGGGAAAGAGUCGACACGGGCAAUUCCCGGCAACGUCGAGACACCGAAAUAAAGAAGAUCCGCUAGCGAUUGCGCCAUUGGGGCCCGCGGACGAAGAAACGGGCUCGAAGUGUGUGGUUUCUUUAUUUUCCACUUGUGCGCUGACGUGAAAGGCGUUACACCGUAGAGAAGAGGAAGCGUACUAAUCUGGGGUAAAGUUCGUGAUUGGAGUUUUGCUUAGCCUUCCUCCGUUUGCAUCGGCGCGCGACCGAAGCCGGCUUGCGUUUAUCUUCCGCCCUGGCAAAUCGGUUUUCUGUGCCGCAGCCCGCCAAGGACGCAGGUGACCAAUGUAGCUGCAACUGAAGAGGAGCCGUAUGCAAUGGGUUCGGUUAAACAGUUCCCUCGUUACAACCCCUGUGGGUCUGGCAUUCGAGCGGUUUUCUGUCUCCGAAAGAAAGUGUAAAGCACACUGAAGAAUAAACCUUUCCCGCAGCUGAACAAACCUGCUUGUGGUACCAUCCUGGCGUCCUUUCCCCGUUCUCAUCCUCCACAGUUACUGUCAUCUUCCAGAAGACGGACUGACCCGUUCUCUUCUAUUGCACACCGUUUUUUUGAGAAGUCUACAUGAUCCAGUGAUUCGAAGUGUCGUCGUGUUCGGUUCUGACGAAUAUACAUGUAUUUACAUUUGUGCGGGUAUUGUGCAUGGGACAGGUACAUACAAUUUGACUAGACUUAAUGUGUAUACAUUUAUGAGUGAUAAUCCAUGUUUGGCUUCGUAUGCAUACACAUGCAAGUAUGUGGGUACCCAUACUGGUUCUUAAACAUAGGCAUCUACUUGCUCAUAUAUGUACGCAUUAAUGUAUGCAUUUUCAUGAGGUGAACUCGAUGAAAUCGUUUUUCCAUUCGCCCAGGGUCACCGUGCCUGAAGAGUGAUUGUGUGGUGGGCGAAUGUCAGAGUAAUUUUUCCUGAGCCUUUGUGAUGACUUUUUGAAGCUGUCCCGAAA